AGGGAGAAGGUUGUUACGUCACAUCAUCACGCUUAUUAACCUCUCCACCACCUCCCCUUUACUGUCAGUGACGUAAGCCACAGAAACUAUUUAAACAAGCCGCGGAGCUGGCAGAACUACACUGGGUAUUUUGUUCAGACCCCAGAGUAGUGAAACGGGUAUAUGUUCGUUUUUUCUCCAAACCGGGACACUCACGACCUCCGGUAGUUUACUUCGUUUUGCGUCCAGUAGAACCUAGGACAGAACGUGGAUAGUUGGACAAAGAGAGAAAUCGUACUCUUUGCCACACAGGGAGCCGCGCGCAGAUAUAUUAGGUGCACAAGCUCGCGCCACUCAACGGUUUCCCACUCCGCCUGUACCCCCAAGGGCACACGCAGACGAGGAGAGCACAGAACCGCUCAAGUAUCGUUUGAGUUAACACAGAGUCCAUGGCUGCCCCCAUAUACAGCAGCUCCGUGUGGAUGUUGUUUCUGGUCAUGUACGUGUCGCUGGUGGUUGGAACAGACUGUGAAAAGGAAUGUGCACUUUGUGUGUACCGUCUAUUGGAACAGCAAUCUGGUUUCUCCUCCCUGGCAUGCUCACUUGAGUGUGAGGGUGGGUUGGACCGCCAGAAGUUCCACCUGUGCCGGGACUUCCUGUUGGAGGAGAAAAACCACAUUCCACUGAAUGUUAACCUCCUUCAACAGCAGGAACAGGAAGCAGUGGGUACCAUGACAGCUGACGAUAAGGAUCAAACAUCACCAGAGCACCAGCUGGCCAAGAAAUACGGUGGCUUUAUGAAGCGCUAUGGUGGUUUCAUGUCACGCCGUUCCUUCUCUCCAGAGGGGGUGCGUGAAGAUCCUGGAAACCAUGAUGAGGAAGAAAAUGUUCGCCUGGAAAUCCUAAAGAUUCUCAAUGCAGUGUCUGAUCACGGCAGUGAGGGUGAUGGUCAGGUAGAGGAGCCAGUGAAGAGGUAUGGAGGCUUCAUGCGUCGGGCUGAAGAAGGGGUGGAGCAGGGCGACCUGCUGGAGGCAGUGUUAGACCGUGGGCUCAAGAAGCGCUAUGGGGGGUUCAUGAGGCGUGUGGGCAGGCCUGAAUGGUUGGUAGACAGCAGCAAGAGUGGGGGGGUGUUGAAACGGGCUUGGGAAAAUGGUAGCGAGCUACAGAAGAGGUAUGGGGGGUUCAUGGACUAGGACACCACUAUGUUCCUCCACUCCUCCCAUCCCUCCUGUCUCGUCUCUUCAACUAAUCACUUUGUAGUCUGGACUUGUUUGAAUCAAUAGCCCAUCUGCUCUGCCAAUUACAUUGUGUCAUCUGGCUUUGUAUAAUGUGCUGCUGCUGACUUCAUUGGUUCAAUUAAUUCUGUAAUGAUAAAAAAGAGAAACAUGUGGUUCAGAUGUACACAAAUCAUUUUUGGUCUGCUUUUGGUUGUCAUGUUAUUAUUUAUUAAAUGAACAUGUUGAUCGA